AUAUCCAUAAUUGAAAUGGCAUUCAAGCUCGUCUUCUGCAUUGCCGCAAUGGCCAUUGCCUGCGCCCAGGCGAAACCCGGCGGACCCGCUGCCUAUUCGAUUAGUGCACCCAGCGUGGAUCACGCAUCGGUGGGCAACACACAGGAGCACACGGUGAAGGGACACUACGGACAAUCGUCGCAGUCGGACUAUGCCAGUCAAGUGCAGACGGCACACUCUCAGUCCCAUGUCCAACGCUCCAGCAUUAGCAACGAUGGUGGCUUAGCGCCAGCUCAUGGUUAUGCCGCACCUGGCAUCAUUGGACAUGGCAUUGGACUCGCUGCACCCGCUGCCUAUGCAGCCCCCGCCUAUGCUGCCCCCGCUUAUGCUGCCCCCGCUUAUACCACGCAUCUGGCUGCCGCCCCAGUGCUUAAGGCUGCCGUUGCUGCCCCCGCACUGGUGCACACAUCCGUCUCGGGCCAUGGCAUUCACUAUGGUUACUAAGGCCUUGGUCUAAGCAUGCAGCAGGACCAGGUAGCAGCACCAGCAAGCACCAAGCACCAUCAGCA